CCGAGCCGAGCCGAGCCGAGCGGAGCCGACGGGCGGAGAUGGCGGCGGCGGCGGAGCUGCAGGGGAAGUACCAGAAGCUGGCCCAGGARUACUCCAAGCUUCGUGCUCAGAACCAAGUCCUAAAAAAAGGAGUUGUAGAUGAGCAAGCAAACUCUGCUUCCCUGAAGGAGCAACUGAAGAUGAAGGAUCAGUCCCUGAGAAAACUGCAACAAGAAAUGGACAGCUUGACCUUUCGAAAUCAGCAGCUUGCCAAGCGGGUGGAGUUACUUCAAGAUGAACUUGCAUUAAGUGAAGCUCGGGGCAAAAAGAACAAAAAAAGUGUAGAAUCCUCAUCUCAACUGAGUCAAGAACAGAAAAGUGUCUUCAAUGAAGAUCUUCAGAAGAAAAUAGAAGAAAAUGAACGGCUACAUAUACUUUUCUUUGAAGCAGAUGAGCAGCACAAACGUUUAGAAGCAGAGCUGAGGAGUAGACUGGAGGUUCUGGAAACUGAUGCUGCCCAGCACCAGGCUGUGGUGGACAGCUUAACGAAGAAAUACACAGAGACCAUAGAAAAGCUGCAGAACGAGAAAGCCAAAUUAGAAAUCAAGUCUCAGACACUAGAAAGAGAAGCUAAGGACUGUAGGCUUCGAACUGAAGAAUGCCAGCAACAGCUAAAGAACCUUCAAGCGGCUUUGGGCAGUAGACUGGAAGAAUCUCUAUGCAUAAUUAAUGAAAAAGUACCUUUUAAUGACACAAGAUCURCUCGAUACAAUGCUCUGAAUGUACCAUUACACAACAGAAGGAAUCAGCUGAAGUUGAGAGACCUUGCUGGCCAGGCCCUGGCUUUUGUACAAGAACUUGUUACAGCUCUCUUGAACUUCCACACAUACACUGAGCAGAAGGUACAGAUCUUCCCCGUUGAUUCUGCAACAGACACAAUAUCACCCUUAAAUCAGAAGUUCUCGCAGUACCUCCAUGAAAACGCUUCGUACGUUCGCCCUCUGGAGGAAGGAAUGCUGCACUUGUUCCAGAGCAUCACGGAGGAUACUGUGACAGUCCUGGAAACAACUGUGAAAUUGAAGGCCUUCUCAGAACAUUUAGCUUCCUACUUAGGCUUUUUAAGAAAGAUUCUUCCUUAUCAGUUAAAAAGUUUGGAAGAAGAGUGUGAGUCUUCUCUUUGCACAGCUGCUUUAAGAGCUAGAAAUAUGGAGCUGCACAGAGACAUGAAAAGGUUGACUGCAGUCUUUGAGAAGCUUCACACGUACGUCAGUCUUCUGGCCUUACCAAGUACAAAACCAGAAGGACUCCUUAGGACAAAUUACAACUUWGUGUUUACAAACAUUGCUGCAAGUCUUCAUGGAUUCCAUGACAUUUUAAAAGAUAUUUCCAAGCACUAUAGUCAGAAAGCUACUUUAGAACAGGAAGUUCCAACUGCCACACAGAAACUCAUAACUACAAAUGACUGUAUUUUAUCCUCUGUUGCUGCUUUAACAAAUGGAGCAGGCAAGAUGGCCUCGUUCUUCAGCAACAACUUGGAUCAYUUCACAGCCUCGCUGAGCUACGGCCCCAAGGCAGGAGCAGAGUUCAUCAGCCCUCUGUCAGCUGAGUGCAUGCUGCAGUACAAGAAAAAGGCAGCUGCUUACAUGAAGGCUGUGAAGAAGCCUUGUGCCGAUUCAGUGCCUUAUGAAGAGGCUUUGGCCAAUCGCAGAGUUCUCCUGAGUUCUACAGAAAGCAGAGAAGGUCUUGCACAGCAGGUCCAGCAGAGUUUGGAGAAAAUUGCAAAACUUGAACAAGAAAAAGAACACUGGAUGUUGGAAGCCCAGCUAGCRAAAAUAAAGCUAGAGAAGGAAAACCAAAAACUGAAGAACUCUCUCAGUGGACAUUUAACUGAAACUAUCCAUGAGCAUUCCACUGUGCCAAAUAUAGCAGAACAAAAGAAGGAAACCACAGAAAAGAGUCUGAGGGAACCUAUUAAGAGCACUAGUCUGAUUGGAAUGUUGACUGUAACUACUGAUAAUGAAAAGGCUGCAGAUGUUGAGUGUCGUGAAGACCUGAUAAAAUCUCACUACAUGGCCAGGAUAGCAGAGCUGACCUCUCACCUGCAGCUUGCUGACAGCAAAUCWGUGCACUUCCAUGCCGAGUGUCGAGCACUUGCCAAAAGGUUGUCUCUGGCAGAGAAGUCCAAGGAAUCACUCACAGAGGAGUUGAAGCUCGCCAGUCAAAACAUCACCAGAUUACAGGAUGAAUUGAUGACGACAAAGAGGAGCUACGAGGAUCAGUUAAGCAUGAUGAGUGACCAUCUGUGCAGCAUGAAUGAAACCCUGACCAAGCAAAGGGAAGAGAUUGACACACUSAAGAUGGCCAGUAAGGCAAAUUCUAAAAAGAACAAAAAUCGAUAGCUUACGGCUGAGUCUUUGGAAGCUGCUGCAGCACAGGAUGCAGAUAGUGAGCAUUCAUUACCCAGUUCCUGUUUGUUCCAGGAAGCAGAGGCUGGUGUUGGGUCUAGUAAAAACUGAAUUGGUGCUGUAAAUGGCUUUAAAAUAUUUACAACUUGUGACAGAUAAAACAGAAUUUAAUGUUGGCUCUAAACUGGGAAACACGCACUCUGUGGAUAAUUUAUAUAGUAAUUCCCUUCAGUUUUUACUGUGCACUUUUUAAAACCAGGUUUUGAUUUCAUGUAAUAACUUCAGAUUUUGUAUAUUUUCAAAUAWGUUUCUGCAUUAACGAAUUUGGAUCCAUGCAGUAGGUGUCUAUUUUUGAGUUAUACAUUUAAUUGUCAGCACAUGUACAUUCCGUUACUUGUUAAUAACAGUUUAAAAAUUAGUUUGGAGGCUUUUUUUGGCCAUGCAAGCUGUGCAGUUACUGUAAAUGUAUUAUUCCUGUUCUCAGCCCUCUAGAAUUAAUUGGCAUUGUGGCUUGAAAUGAUUUCUACAAAUUCACCAAGUAAAUGGGAUCAUUGUUCGACUGCAACAAUGGAAACCUUUYCUGCUUGUAUUUGGCACUUUGGAUUUUGAGGUAUAGAGCACAAAUAGCUGAAGUGGGAUAGUCCUAUGAAAUUGCUUUAAGCCAUUUCCAUAAUAUUUUGUUUACACAUGUAUGUAUAUAUAUUGGUUGAAAUAGCUGUUUAAAGCUAGAGGAAACUGUGAUUGUCAUUUGCCCCAAARGAGUGAAACAUUGUGGGUAGAAUAGAUCAGCAUCCUGUGCUCUCUUACAGUAAAAGGGGAAUGUGAAAUGUGUACAAGAUUUAAACAGUGAACUUGCAAAAGGUCUUCAUGGAAUUAAGCUCUGGUGAAUUCACUGAGGGGAUGCACAUGGCUUUUCCUGUGUUUUGGGGAGUUUGUGAACUAUAGGCCUCUCCUAAGAUUUUUUUAAAUUUUUUUUUUUUCAAGUGAAGUUUACUACCACAAGUUUUCACAGCACUGAUUUGUUGUUGGGGGURGGGGUUGUUGGUUUUGGGUUGGGUUGGAUUUUUGGUUGUGUUUUGGUUUUUUUUUUGUUUUUUUUUUUUAUCAGAUGCUGUGCUGCUCCACACUUUACACACCAAUCUUCUGUUCCAUAAUUUCCAUUAUGRCACUUAUUUGUCUCAUAAAGGUUUACUCUGAUAUCACAUAUGUUGAUAUGUAUUAUCAGUGUGUAAUAAUAAAAUCAACAUGAAACCAGCCUGACUUUUUUCUUAC